GCGCGCCCGCGCGCGCUGCCUGACCCGGAAGUGCUGUUUCUUCAGGGAGCCUUGGAAGGGUAUCCCGGAGCACUGGAGUGUACAGGUGGCGGCGGUGCGUUGUCAGUAUGCAGCGGUUACUCCUUCCGCCGUUGAAGGCCGUGAUGUGGAGCGGGUGUGUACGGCUCCUGGUUCCUAGGGUGGCUCCAAAGGCCCAGUGUGGUUGCAGCUGUGGCAUCAGGCGCCAUCUGAGGCCAGGGCAAUACAGCACCAUUACUGAAGUGGCUUUGCAGUCUGGAAAGGGAACAGUGUCCCUUCCCUCAAAGGCAGCUGAGCGGGUAGUGGGCCGAUGGCUCCUGGUCUGCAGUGCAACAGUGGCUGGAGCAGUAAUUCUUGGUGGAGUCACUAGGUUGACAGAGUCUGGCCUCUCCAUGGUAGAUUGGCAUUUAAUAAAAGAGAUGAAGCCACCUACAAACCAACAGGAAUGGGAAGCAGAAUUCCAAAAAUACCAGCAGUUUCCAGAAUUUAAAAUCUUGAAUCAUGAUAUGACACUGGCCGAAUUCAAGUUCAUCUGGUACAUGGAGUACUCACACCGUAUGUGGGGUCGUGUUGUAGGUCUUGCGUACAUCCUGCCUGCUGCCUACUUUUGGAGAAAGGGCUGGCUCAGUCGUGGCAUGAAAGGCCGUGUCCUUGCUCUCUGUGGCUUAGUCUCCUUCCAGGGUCUGUUGGGGUGGUACAUGGUGAAAAGUGGAUUAGAAGAAAAACCAGAUUCCUGUGACAUCCCUCGGGUCAGUCAGUACCGCCUUGCGGCCCACCUGGGGUCAGCCCUGGUUCUUUAUUGUGCCAGCCUGUGGACCUCCCUCUCCCUGCUGCUUCCUAAGCACAAGUUACCUGAAACCCGCCAACUCGUAUGGUUGAGACGAUUUGCUGGUGGAACAGCAGGUCUAGUAUUCCUGACAGCUCUCUCAGGGGCUUUUGUGGCAGGACUAGAUGCUGGUCUGGUUUACAACUCCUUCCCCAAAAUGGGAGAAUCCUGGAUCCCAGAGGACCUCUUCACCUUCUCCCCCAUCCUGAAGAAUGUUUUUGAGAAUCCCACCAUGGUGCAGUUUGAUCAUCGGGUUCUGGGAAUCACGUCUGUCACUGCUGUUACAGCACUUUACUUCCUGUCCCAGAGAAUCCCCCUUCCUCGACGGACUAAGAUGGCAGCAAUGACGCUGCUAGCUUUGGCGUACACACAGGUGAUCUUGGGCAUUAGCACUCUGCUGAUGUAUGUUCCAACUCCUCUGGCUGCCACUCACCAGUCAGGCUCUUUGGCUUUGCUUAGUGGUGCCCUUUGGUUUAUGAAUGAACUACGAAGAAUUCCCAAAUAAUUUUAAAGAUCAGCUUCUUAGGACUGAAACUGCUUUUGAGAGCUCAUCAGAGAACACAACUUGGGUUUUCCUGUGAGGAUGACAGGCCAAGUGGUUUCCAAAUUGGUCACAUGAUUUAAAACUGUUUGCCUAUUUUGAGAUAGUCACUGGCUUAAGAAUGUUAAGUAUGGUUAAGAGAUUCCUUUUUAAAUGUUAUACUUCACAUUGAAAGUCGAGUUUAUAGGAAAAAAUGUCUACUUCUUAUUAGCCUUAUCUCAGUUUUUUGGCAGGCUCGUGGUUAUACAAGCAUGGUUUCUGUUCCUUGAGCCAGUGUCCUCCUCACUAGGGUCCACCUGUUGGAGACAGUAAGAUAGCAGUUCCCCAGUCAAGAGUUUAUACUUUUUUUUUUUUCCAUUGGUACCGGGGAUUGAACUCACAACCACCUGCUUGCAAGGCAGGUGCGUAUGCCGCUGAGCUAAGUCCCCAGCCCCUAGAAGUAAGGUUAAGAGGUUUUUUUUUUUUUUUUUUUUUUGUCUUUUUCCUUUUUAUCGGUACCGGGGAUUGAACUCACAACUGCCUGCUUGCAAGGCAGACACUUAUGCCGCUGAGCUAAAUCCCCAGCCCUAGUCAAGAGUUUAAACUGUAGCUCAGCACUGGCCUGUUGCUAAAGUCUGGGGUUAUCAGAUCUUCUUGUUUUGUUUUUUUUUUUUUUUUAAGAGCCAAGUUUUAGAUUUUUAUAUGGAAACUCUUAAUUAAAUACAAACUAAUUUCAAGUUUUUAAAAAUGUUAACAUGACCUGUUUGUAGUAUCUGAACUAAAUGAUCUCAGUUCCCUUUCAGCUCUUAAUUUCAGUAAGACCCAGUGUACAUUCUCAGGUGUUCUUAACAAAUAAAGAUAGAUAGUUGUCUGUGAUGUUCCAAAAGUCCCAGCACUUGAUGGGCUUAUUGUUAUGCUUAGACAUAAUUCCCAAUUUCUGUCACAUUAGAAUCUUUUAGAAAUCUCAAAGCCCAAACUUCACCCAAAAUAAUUAAGUUACAGCUGGGAACAAUAGGAGGCUGGAUUUCAAGUUUUCCAAGUGAUACCAAUGUACAUAUAAGUGGGGACCACUGGCCAUUGUUUCACAGCCUGCUUACCUUAGAAAGUUCUAACCAUUCUAUUCCUUCCAAAAUUCCAUCUACUCUAGCUCACUUACUGUGCAUAACAGUAUAUUAUCUCCUCUAGAUAAUAGAAUUCCUUAAAGAAAAGGAACUGCAGUUACUGGGGCAGGUUCUUGAUCUCCUAACCCUGAAAUCCAGGUUCUCCUUGGUCAAUAACUGAGACAGCAGUGUGAGCAGUAUGAUGCAACCCAAAGAACAGAAGACUAAUGCUUUUACAGUUUAAAAAGUGGCAACCUAUGAGUAAGUUCAAGGUUCACUUUACUUCAUUUUUGUUUUAUUACAGUUGAAUAAGUUUGGAAAAACAUCUUAUAUUUAGCUAUGUAACUACAUUAUGCAUUCUGUGAGCUCCUAGUGAACAGAAAUUGUCUUAUUGUGUUAUUCCCAGAGCCAGUAGACACAUAACUGAGUGGAAUGAUUGUAUGAAUUAAUGAAAAACUAUUACUGAUUGAUAUCUCAAAUACCUCUGUAAAAAAAAAAACCUCUGUAAAUCACAUACCUGUAGGUUUAAAUGAUUUUCCCUUAAUAUUUUCAAAGGUCUUUCAACAAUUCUUGUUAAAUAUGAAGGAAAUUAAAACAUGUUUAACUCAGUCAACUCAAUUUUUUCUCUUUGACAUACCAACAUUGACAUAUGCUGUCCACUGUGGCAGGGAUAAUGAUUUGCAAUUGUCCAGUGAUGCUGAAUGUAAAGAUAACAUUGAUUGAUACUGGUUUUAGGGAACCAUUACCUGGAGCUAUUCUUUUGGUCUUGGGAUGAGUGGUUGAUUAAAUAUAAGCAUUUGUAACACA